GCUGUCUACAUCUUGACAUUUCAUUGCGCGUGAGACAUCACCAGGAUCGCGAAUCAAAAAGCCAUUAAUGCUAUCCCAUCGGUCGGCCGCACACUGAGUCCUUCAGCAUUCCUUAUCUCAUGCAACCAUUUUUAAAUAGGACCCUGCCCUUGUCCAAUGUCACAGGAAUUAACUACUCUCGGCGCCUCCCUCUUGUUGUUUUGCAAUACAUCUUUGAGGUCGCGUGGAGAGGUACAAGUCGCGUGGAAGGAGUCGAAGAUGCGGCUCCACACCAUGUUGAAACCCUCGCCUCGUUAUCAUACGCCCAUGUUUGCAGACUAUGGCGUCAGGCCGCUCUUUCGACUCCUAUGAUAUGGUCCAGCGUUUGUUAUCAGCACCUGGUCAAGGCAAACCAUGUCUACAAUAUCAUGCAACUUUAUCUCUAUACCACUAGAUUCACUUCACACUAUCCACUUUCUGUCGACUUCACCCUUCCGGCCCGCCAGGCCGAUCCCCAUAUCUUUGAAUUAUGCACCCAGCUGGUCGCCCAGCAUCUUGAUCAUAUUCGAACCCUUCGCGUCAAAUGCGACGACGACCUGUCUUGCGUUCUCGGCGUGAUCAGCGGUUGUCGAGCACCCCUUCUCCGAUCUUUGCAAAUCGAGACCCGAGAAGUUCAACCCGAGCACGCUGUUCCACGCCAAGUGGUCCAUCAUCGCGUACUGAGCGAAGCCGAGAAUCUCGUCGAUGUUGUUAUUUGCGCACGAGAUCGUUGGGAUCCCUCCACAUUUCCCAGGGUUAGAACUCUUCAGUGGAUCUUGGUCGAUGCUGAUCCUCCUGAGUAUUCCGCACAAUUCCUCGCCAGUCUUCCGUACCUGGAGCACCUCGCACUCUCCGACCAAUGUGGUAGUCAAGUCCCAGAGAUAUCAGGCUUUCAGAAUCCCUCUAUAACACAAGCUGAUAUCACGUCCGACGAUAGCAUUGCGAUAGAAUCGCUUCUGACCUCUCUCAGUACUGUUCACUCGUUGAAGGGCAUACAAAUCUGGGGGGACCUUGAUUUCCAGCCGAUAUCAUCACAUUUCGAAUGUACGACGGCGUUGGAUGCUGAGUUUCGAGUUUCCGCUGACGCGGGACAGUACGUACACCAUGCGAGCGAUUUUGACUCGUCCCGUGUUGUUCUCGUCCCAGAAGAGGUGGCUUUCGCCGGGCGUUUAUGCGAUCAGUUACCCUUCAUCGAGGUAAUGACGAUACAUGUCCAAGUCUACCCUAACUUCCCCAACGCCCUCCUUUACACCUUGGCUACCUCUACAAAGUGUCAACAUCUGAAAACAAUUGUUCUCAUGGGUGCUCCGUCUGUGGAACAGACGACUCAGGCGAUGGAAGGUUGGAUGGGCGCGCUCAUUUCCGUCGCUGAGACGCGGCUCAACAAUCGGAUGAAGCUGGAGACCGUUUCCAUUGUGGGUGAUUGCAUGCUCACACCUCCGUGGGGAAGGAUGACGCAGUUGCUGGGUUACAUCGAUAUGUUUAUCAUUGAGAAUGAGAGAAGGGUGUUGGAGUUUGUGAGGGAUCAUCCAGUGAGGAAUUGGGAUCUGUAUAAGCAACUAAUUGAGGAAGAUUAUUAGGGCCUUCUUGAGAUUGUAACUGUCUUCAAUUUCAUCAUGCAGUUUAUAUAUUCCUUUCUUUUUGGUUGAAUGAUUCAGCCUG